AUGGCGUCGCCCGCUGUUACCAGUCCUCGCGAUGAUGUCCUAUCGAAUGAAGACUUGCUGGGUAUCAUCUUCGACUAUGUCCUGAGCGGUAAUAUCGGCACAUCGCCUACCAACAAUAGCACCGGCAACAACAACUCUUAUUCCCCACGAAAGCAGCUCCUGCGUCUUGCGCAAACUCAGAAAGCCUUUCUCCAACCGGCAUUGGAUGCCCUUUGGAGUGCUUUGGACGGGAUAUUCCCCCUUCUGAAACUUUUGCCUGCUUUGGUCGCUGUGAAUGGUGUAUAUGUUAUAAACGGUUCCAUCCAAGAUUCACACUGGGAGAAGGUCCAGUCGUACGCAAGACGAGUGAAGACAAUCACCUUUGCUGCACAGGGAGAGAACGUCUCCCCCUUUGUCUAUCAGGCACUUUCCAUGUACCAAGGGAGAAAGAAGGCCUUACAACUUUUCCCAAGUCUCCAUUCGGUCACCGUAGUUUGCGACUCGACAUGCGAUUACUCCUCAAUCUUCCUCGCCAUCCGACCCACUCUAGAAAAAGUAGAAAUCCGCGGAGUAGGGUCGAGCAGUCCUAGGGACGUACAGUGCAUUCAACAACUCUUGCUGGCACUAUCACUCCAAGCCACGGGGCUGAAGCAUCUCGCGUUGAAAGGGGAGGGAACUGAGGCGUUGGCUCCGACGCUUUUUCACGUCCAUACAUUCAAGGCGCUCUCGAGCCUAACCAUCGACCUCUCAUCCCUCGCAAUUCCGCUCGCAGUUCUUAAUGGACUGAGGGCGCUUCGAGAUCUGAAGUCGCUGACGCUUUUUGCGGGGACAACAUCGGCCACCUCGUCGCCACUUCCUCUUAGACAAGUCACGCGCGGCUCUCCACCUCUACCGGAUUCCCUUGCCUUCCCUACAUUGAUGGAAUUGAAUCUUCAUGGAUCAGCAUCAGGGUUCCUGAGGGCCCUCAGCGUGGUCAAUCUGGGUGACGUGCAGAAGAUCGAAUUACGAAUCGCCGAAGAAUCUGACUCCCACCAAUGGAGGGACUGCUUCCACCUCAUCGCGGCAGGAUGUCGACAGUUACGAUCCAUCAAGGUCACUCCAUCUCCCUGUUUCCGCGGAUCGUGUCAUUUUUCCCUCCCAAUCAUCGAACCACUUCUUGACAUUUUAUCCCUCACCCACCUCAACCUCAACGUAACUUCGCUCUCGUUCAGCAAUGGCCUUAUCAGCACCAUCGCCAGUUCAUUCCCCAACCUCAAAGUGCUCAGUCUCCCGUCCACUCCAGCAUCUGAAUACCCCGAUCUUGGAUGCUUGAAGUUUCUGGGAGCAUGCAAGAGGCUCCAAUGGGCGCGAUUAUGCCUUCGGCUCAACCCAGACGUGAGCAGUCAUGGCAUGGUUCCGAAUCAAUCCCUCACGACACUCUACAUUGGUGACGCCGUUACUCAGAGCUUGGGGAUUCAGGACUGUUUAUCAAUCGCCGAAUUCCUAGACCUCAUGUUCCCGUCCCUGGUUACUCUAGAGAGGGUACCGGUGAUGUCCUCCCGACGGGGAAAUCACGGACACGAACAAACCUUCGAGGACAUUAAGGCAUCUUUGAACGUCCUCCGGGCCACGAGAGAGAGGGUGCACGCGUCGUUUUUGAAGCAGAAAGAAAUGGAAGCUGCGGAUUGCUCUUCACGUAACCAAGAUUCUAUCUAAAUUUCUUCGUUUAUUUACACAAAACUCUUUUUUGAGUUACGCUGUACUUACUACUAGUUACUACUAACCACUGUCUGAUAUCAAAGUCCCAUUCUCCGGUCAA